AAAUUAAGGCAAUUUUAUAUUUUUUUUUUGUAGUAUUAGUAGUUUAUUAAUAUGAUUCCUACUAAAUUAGUAAUUGUACCUCCCAUAUAUAAAAGAAUAAUGGCAAAGUUCCCACAAAAUUUUACUUUCUGUUUUGCCUAUGGGUCUGGUGUAAAAAAACAACUUCUAAAUGGUGAUAAACAAAAUAUGAUUGAUUUAAUAUUUGCUGUAAAAGACCCGGUAACUUGGCAUGAAGCCAAUAUGAAUUUAAAUCCUUCGCAUUACAGUGGUAUAAAAUACUUAGGACAUGAGUUUAUUUCUCAAUAUCAAAGAAAUUUUGGAGCAAAAGUUUACUUCAAUACAUUAGUGCCUAUGGACGAGUAUUGGAUAAAAUACGGUGUCGUGGCAAAUAGUGAUUUAGUUACAGACUUACUAGAGUGGUCCUAUUUAUAUUUAGCGGGAAGGCUUCACAAACCUGUAGAAAUUGUAAAAAAACCUCUCGACACAGAAUUAGAAACAGCAUUGCAAUUAAAUUUACAAUCUGCUGUACAUGCAGCAUUACUAAUACUUCCAGAUACAUUCACCGAAUAUGAAUUUUACCAUACAAUAUCUAAUUUGAGUUACUUGGGUGAUUUUCGAAUGGUUUUUGGGGAACAAAAGAAUAAAGUAGAAAAUAUAGUCAAAGCACAAAUGCUGGGGUUUAGAAAUUUAUAUAAACCUUUUCUAACAAAUUUACAAGACUAUGUUGAUUUUCCUAUGAUAAAAGAUGUAAAUAUAAACCAACAGAAUAAUUUAGAAAAUACUUCAAAUCUAGUUGAAAAUUGUAUAUCGGAUUUUAAUUGUGCACAAGACGUAAGUCCUUUGGCAAAACUACACCAUCUAAAUCAAUUGCCCAGGUGGCCACAAAAAGCGCUAACCAGGUAUUGGAAUAAAGGAAAUUUUCGUCAAGAUACCGAAGAUGUUUUACGAGCUAUAGCAUAUGAUCCUGACUGUGGAACAAUAGUUAGCCAACGUAUUAAUGAAAUUGUUUGGAAAUCAUCAGUAAGACAAAGUAUAAAAGGAAUAUUAACCGCUGGUUUAUUCAAGAGCAUAAAAUACAGUAGUAGGAAAGUGAAAAAAAUGUUAAACUAAAAAAAUGACAACAGAAAAGAAAAAGACAAAUAGAUACAAUCAAUUUUCAGAAUGUGUUCAUCAAAUGUAAGAUGUAUUUGCAUUUUGCUAACUCAUUUAGUUUAUAUUAAAACUGUAUGUAAUUAUUUAUUGUAUAUUUUAGUAAACAUGUGUAUUAUAAUGAACUGUAAAUAUAAACAAUAUAAGACAUGCAUAUGUACAAGUUAUUUUUAGAAUAUUAUAAAUCCAUUAAAAAAUGCUAUAAAGUUGAAAUUGGAGCGUUUCAAAGGUGUGUGCCAGUAAAGACUUCCAAAAAAAUAUCAAAACAUCAAUACAAAAGAGCGCGGAUUUAUAAUCGUAAUUGUUCUACGUAUGGGAUUAUGGUUGGUUAAGUGGAACAAUGACCAUAGGCCAUAGGUCGCAUUCGGUGUUUUAUGAAAAUAUAUCAGGAAUUUUAAAAAUAUUUUCCAGUUAACUAUAAUAUUGUUUGAUUUUAAAUAUAUAUACAUUUUGUUUAGUGAUUUUCUACACAUAGUAAUAUUAGUUGGAAAGCGUGUAUAAUUAUAACAUGCCUAAACAAAGUUAAAGGUAUACAGUACGUCUAUCCGUUCUGUAGCUACGGGGCAUCCGUAAGAGAGGAAACGAUAUUCUCUCGAUGUUUCUCGUAAAAAAUUAGACGACGCGUUCCAUCAAUAAAAAUUCGACAAAUUUGCAAGUAGCCAAUGAAAUGAGUGGGCGGAGUGUUUUGCGGUGACAUACUCGUCAAGUUCACGUGGACUCUGCCGCUUCUAUUUACGAUUAGGUAUAGGUAGGGAUUUAUAAAAUAUAUUGCUGUUUAUUUAAAUGUUUUUUGUCCGCAUUCCUUUCAUAUACAAAGAUCCAGUAGACGUACUUUACACAAUACAAUAACACCACCACUAGAUUUGUUAAUACUUACUAGUCAAUAUUUCUAUUUCCGGGGAGGAGCAUCAAAUUGGGGGUAGCACUGGCCAGUAAUAAUACACACUUACCACUAGGUUUCUGUUAUUCACUCACGCUCUCAAUUGCUCCCUAUAAGUAGAAAUCCUUUCCUCUCAAUCUCAUACAUCAGGUAAAAUUUUACUGCAAAAAAACUGUAAAAUGUUCCAUAUUCUAGAGAUAUUUGGCAAAACUCUUAUAAAUCGGUACAAUUUUCACUCUAAUAUGAAAUUAAUAUUUGUUAUAGUCCCUUGUCACGUGAGGUAACUUUAUAUUUAGUAUGGAGAUACAGAAAAAUUGAUGAAGUUCUGAUCUAAUGGUUUGUUAUUUAAGAAAAUAUUUUAUUCUUAUUGACUAUAAUCCCAGAACAUCAGGUGGAGUACAUUACCUGCUUUCUUUCGACCUGGUUAUAUUCCCUGUAACUUUAAACAUCAGCACUGCUAUUUAGCAGUAUUUGCUGAAAACAAACUUCCAUUUGAGAACUAGAAUUCUUAUGAAAUAUUGAAAAAUGAGUAAUUAAUCAAUAUAAUUACUAAUUAUAUCAUUAAAAAGGGAGCAGAGAGGAAUAGAAUGAUUGACAAUAGGCGUAUUUUAAUAAAGUUAUAAUAAUUUAUCCUCGAAUUUAUCAUAAGUUUAUCUAUCAUUAUUAUU